CAGCCUCUGUGCCGCCACUGCCGCAGCAGCCGCCGUAGCCGUAGCCGUAGCCGCAGCAUCGCAGCCGCAGCCGCCGCCGCCGCCGCCACCGGUGCCGUGCAACCUCAGCCAUUGCCAUCGCCGCCGCUUCACAGAGCUCUCAACCAGAGCGACCACCAUCCAUCUGAUCGCCCUCCACCUCCCUCCUUUCCCCGGCCCGCUCGCCCCCAAUGUCUGACUCUGACUCUCGGACUGAGAAGCGCAAGAAAAAAAGACCAAAUGGCAAAGCAACCGUCAGAUCUAAAUUCUGAGUGCCACAGAGAAGGUGGACAAUUACAGCCUACAGAAAGGCCUACUCAGCCUCAACAACUCAGACCAGGGGCCCCUACCUCUAUACAAACACAGUAUCAAGGUAAUUCAGGUGAAGGGGACAGCUGCUCACCCAGCAGCCCUCAGGGACCGUUUGCACCACCCACUAGCCCUAGUCCGUUUGCUACCAGAUCCCCAUUUUUCAUCUUUGUAAGAAGAUCCCCACUGCUGCCUCGAUCUUCCAGUGGGUAUUUCUCUUUUGACACAGACAGGAGUCCAGCACCUAUGAGUUGUGACAAAUCUACACAAACUCCAAGCCCUCCUUGUCAAGCCUUCAAUCAUUAUCUAAGUGCAAUGGGUAAGCAAGAUCAUGCUUCCAUGAGGCAGUCUCAAUCAAUACCUGCCGAUAUGCGGCCAGAAAUUUGGAUUGCACAAGAAUUACGACGUAUUGGAGAUGAGUUUAAUGCUUAUUAUCCAAGAAGGGCAGUGUGGCAUGGUUUCAAGAGCUUUGGGAUUGGAGUUGAAGUCAGCUUUGAGCCCCAGCUCUGCUACUUUUGCCAGCUGUAUAACCUCAGGGGUUUUUGGAUAAUAACUAUCAAGCGGCAGGUGACCAUCACCAAAUGGUUAUUUUACGCCUGUUACGUUAUAUCAUCCGCCUUGUUUGGAGAAUGCAGUGACGUUUCUUCGAGAAGCAAGGAGUGCACAGAAACUUUUUACUUGCUACAAGUCAUCAAGUAAAAGUACCACUUGCACUUCAUAUCAUUACUAUGCAAUCAACAGUUUCUUUCCCCAAAGGACAAAGGGACAGUAGGACUCCACAUUUUGAAGACACCUGUACAUGAACUUGAAAGUGGAUUUUGUUCAUCACAUGACAAAAUUUUAUAAAAGGGAGUUCCUUGUGAAUGUAGAUGAUGGAUUUUUUUUAAUGUAUCAGUCACCAUUCUUUGAAACAGGAUUUUAUGCAAGAGUGGUGUUUACAUUGGUGUGUUUUUCAACUUCUUUAAUAAGAAGGAACAAGUUUUCAAAAAGGAAAUGGAAACUUUUUGACAAACUCGUGAAUGAUUUUUGUACUAGAUUUUAAGGAACCUAUUGCUGAAUCUCAAAAGAGAAUGAUGUAUAUAUCCUGCAGUGGAAACUGAGCCGGCUAAUAAUUUGUAAGCUGCCUUAGUUUGUUUUGGGGGGAUUAUUGUACAGUUUUCUUUUCUUCUCUUUGGCUGGGAGAAAUGUGUCUCCCCUGUUAUUCUGUCCUCUUUAGUCUGUACUAUCUUUAUACCAAAAUCAGCAUAAUAAAAUGGAGCUGGUUAAAAAGGAGUAGGUUGUCAACCUACACCAACAUGCUUCUCCCUUUGUAAAUACCUAACCCCUCUUUAAAUUUAUUUGCAUCUGUGGCAGAUUGACUGUCCAAGGGGUCAAACUUGAGGCUACCUUCGAGCACUCUCUGUCUUCUUUGGGGAGCUUCCAGUUUUUGUAGCCAGUUUAGAUUCCUAUAGAUACAAAUAGGUUCCAAGUUUUAAAAGUAAAUGUAAUAGAAUUAAAAUAAUUUUACCCAUAUUGGUCUUGACAGUAAUUCUGGAUUUUUUUUUUUUAAAGAUCACCAGCCUGGGCAGUAUUUGUUUUAACUUAUUUUAAUGGAUGUUUGCUUCAGAAAGUCUGAGGAGGCUGUAGCAAUAAAAGAAACAGAAUAAGUGAGUUUGUUGGACUUUUGGCUACUCUUUAUAAAUUGUUGGUGCAGGGAUGAAAUGCUGUAGUUGUAGAAUGCCAGGUGAGCUUAAUAGAAAGAGCCAAGAGUUUUCAGUCACCCCUCAAAGAGACUUGACUGAUUGCAUGACCAAAGUUUCAGUCCUGAUUGCCCGAUGAUAUAACUAAACAGGAAAUGCCUUGCCAGCUGAGAUGGGAUUGGAGGAAGCUCCUUCACUUGACAGUUUUAAAAGACUUAUCUGUGAGAUUUUCUUUAGAAUCCCACUAAGCUAUGAUGCCUGAUAUCAUCCCCCCAAAUCAAAUUCCUUUGGAAAUACAGGUUUAAUUCUGGUUUCACCAGUACCAUAGAAAAAUUCAAUUGGGCAUAAUUAUGAAAUGUUCCAAUAUAUUUAAUGUCUCAAGCCAUCUCUAAGCCUCUGAGUGCCAUUUUCCUCCUUACCUUUUAGUUUCACAGGUAGAUUUUUAAAUGAUUUUUAUGCACUGGUCAUCAGUGCCUCAUCCAUGAUAGGUGCAGUUCCCCUUAGAUGUAGAUUCUGUUCCUGAUUGUACUCUUUUACAUCUUGAAAUUGCUACAAAGUCAGGACUAGGAAAGUCACAGAGUGAAUCUAAAGAGGUUUCUGUUUAUUUUUAAUUGAUUUCAAAGAAAAAAGGUCCAUGGAGUUUGCAUUGUGUAUCCACAAAUAGGAGAGGGAGGUCAGAUGGUUUGGGGGAUUGUUUCAUGAACCCCACUACUUUUUCAUGGUGAAAAAUCAGCCUUCUGAGCAACUUUUUGUUUCAAAGUUCUUUUUGGAUUGUCAAAUAAAAUUCAGCAGUGCCAACAGCUAUUUUAUUUGCUUUUGCCCCUUAGAGAAUCCAGUGUUCCUGUAAUUCUGCUUAACAAUUGAAGAAAAAAUAUGUUGAAUAUGUGGUUUUGUUAUUACAUACACUUUUUCUUUUUGGUAUAUCCAUCUUUCCCAUGUAUUCAGAGAAUUUUUUCUAUUACAGUGAAGGAUAUUUCUUUCCCUCUUAGUGAUUUGGAAUCAGAGUCAUAGAAAUUGUGUUGGAUCUCAGCUGCAGUUUUUUGAAUUAGUCUUGAAACCUUAUUUAGUAAGGUCACAUUGUCUAUUGGUUGUGAGAAUGAACAGAGACUGUAACAGAAAGUAUUAGAAUUUGUGUACCUUGCUGGACACACCAAAGAUGUUUGGUUCCACCUGAAUCCCCUACUUGGAUAUCUAUGAUCAUUUGCUAGUUACAACUGGCACCUGAAUCCCCUACUUGGAUAUCUAUGAUCAUUUGCUAGUUACAACUGGAGCACUUUACUUCUGUUUCUUUUAACUAUACAUCUCCCCUGGGAGUUGGAAGCAAUGCAGUUUAUAAAAGGACAUUUUUGUAAGGCUCUGCUGGCUCAGUGCCCCAGUGGGGAGUCAUGUCCUUUCUUGUACAUUUACCUCAAGCAUUGUAUGCAACAGGUUUGCCUCCAUUGCUUCAGGCUGAUGAUAUAAAUAAGGCUAAUGAGGAGCUAGAGAAAUUCUAUGAAUUAUGGAAGCAGUAAAGGACAGGAUAUUGGCACCAUGAGUUUGAGAGAAAAAUACAUUUCUCUGUACUGUAUCUCUUAGAGAUCACGAUGCCUCCUGCAGGAGUAUACCUUGGGUAUACUAUUUUUUUUAAAAAAAGAAAGAGCUAGUUCCACUUUUUGAAAACAAUGUAGAUUUUGUGCCUUGACAACCUCUACCCACGUUGGGUUUGUAGUAAGUCUCCCAUGGCAUAACAAUGAAAUGCAAUAAGCAAAUACAAAAUACUUAAUUUCAUGAUGAAUUUUUCAGAUUACAUAUCCUUUCUAUUCUGCCAAAACUUUAUGAAGAAUUUUCUUUGGUUGUGGAGAAACCAGUUUAAAUUUCUUCUGACAUAAAAAUUUGUCUAAAAAUUUUCCCUCAUUCCCUCCCUUUAAACCCCUCUUCUACUUUAUUGUAAAUAUUUGAAUAUUUAUUAGGUUAGGAAUCUUUACUUUAUCUUAUCAACUGAGCCAAAUGUCUGUGUGCAAUUGUGUGUGGUUCUUUUGUCCUUUCUGUAAGAUUUUGUAAAUAAGUAAAAAUCACUGUUUUCUAAACCUUUUUUUUUUAGAAUUUACAUUUGUAAAUAUGUAGAUUCUUUUUUGUGUAAUGUGUUCUACUGUUUCAUAAUGCUGUAACUUGUAGGAAUAUUGUAUAUUUAUUUUCUGCUUAUUUAAUUUCUUGAGUUCUGUAAAGUUAUGCAUUCCCUUUCCCUCCCCAAGAUUAUCUGCUUUAACGCAGGAGUGAUUGAUCAGUUUAACGCACUGUCUCUUUCAGUGCUGUCUGUAUGGUUUUUCUACUAUGGUCCUCCAGAUUUCAUUCUUGUUCAUUUUACUUUUAUUAAACUUUUAGGCUUUGCCAAUUGUGGUUUUUAAUGCUGAGGGAGCUGAUAAUAGCCAAAUGCUGGAAUCUACUCAAAGCAUUAACCAAGCUGUUCUAGUUGUAAACCAUAGCAGAUUAUGUUUGCCCUAAGCCCCAUCUUCAGGUAUAAAAUAUAUUUAGCAUUUGGAAAAAGUUUACUGCCACUGACUUGUCAGUGUUGGGAAAAACAAAAAGAUGAUCAGAUUGUAAAGAUUGCCGAAGCCUAGGAUCCAUGGAAUACGUGGGCAGGAGAUCAACUACCGUUCUUGGUUCCCCUGGCAUUUUUUCUCCUUCAUUUGUUAGGAAGGAAACAAGACCAGAACCCUAUGUUUUUGUCUCUUUACUUUGUCUCUCCCCCCCCCCCCCCCGCCAGUUCACUGGUAGCAAGCUGAUGAUGGGGUAUAAGUUUACUUGUUUUUAAAUCUUCCUUGUGUGGUUUACUUUGCAGUUGGAACAUGGUUUAUUCUGCCUGCCCCUCAAUGGAAUAGUAAUCCACAGCAUUCCUAUAUACCUAUUAGUUUGGCCUUGGUUUAAUUUGUAUUUCCCUCAAAAGAGAUUAUUUUUGAGUCCAAAUGAAAAAUCUUUAAUUGGCUAUUAGGAUGUGCUAAGUUGUGAACAUUUUAAGAAAAUGUAUUUACUGAUAGGCUCCAUAUAUAACAAGCAAAAAGCUCUACCUUUGCAGCUUAACCUGGUGCCUAUAUGUGCGUCUAUUACUCAGCACUCAUACACGUGAUGUAUGGGAGCUUUGGUGCAUGCGCACAGGUAACUUGAUAUUUACACAUGCACACAUUUCCUUACACAAGAAGCACCCUCAAGUUCCCAUGUAAAUAACUUGACUACUUAGGUAUUUUUUUGGAUUUCAGAGGAUCUAAACAUUUUGUACCCUGGUUUCAAUACUGUAUACUCAUCAGGUACCAUUAUGUACAUAGCACUGAUCUGUAACUUAGACUGAUUAAUCACUUACUUUGUUUCAUAGGACCCAGCAUAUGUAGCAUUUUUAUUGCAAUUUCCCUGGCUUACUUGUGUUUUGCACUGAUGAAUUUUUGACAGGGUAAUUGUCACCUUACUUGUGCAAUACUGCUGUAAAUAAUUGCAGAUUUUUUAAGGAAAAACUCGAUCUUUUAUGUUCUUUAAUAAUGAAUUUUAUAUAAAUAAAACCCUCAACUAGUUUU